GUCGGCCCGAUGGAGGAGGAGGAGGAGGAAGCGAGGGCGCUGCUGCCUGGUGGCCCCAACGAGGCCGGCAGAGGCGCCCCCGUUACCCCCCCUGCCCCCGGGGCGCUGCCGGCCCUCUGCGACCCCAGUCGCCUGGCGCACCGGCUUUUGGUGCUGUUGCUGAUGUGCUUUCUUGGUUUCGGCAGCUAUUUUUGCUAUGAUAAUCCUGCUGCCCUUCAGACUCAGGUUAAACGGGAUAUGCAGGUGAAUACCACGAAAUUCAUGAUGCUGUAUGCCUGGUAUUCUUGGCCCAAUGUAGUUUUGUGUUUCUUUGGUGGCUUUUUGAUAGACUGCGUAUUUGGAAUACGAUGGGGCGCCGUUAUGUUUAGUUGCUUUGUUUGCGUUGGACAGGUUGUUUUUGCUCUGGGUGGAAUAUUUCACGUUUUUUGGCUGAUGGAAUUUGGAAGGUUUGUGUUUGGGAUUGGUGGGGAGUCCUUAGCAGUUGCCCAGAAUACAUAUGCUGUGAGUUGGUUUAAAGGCAAAGAAUUAAACUUGGUGUUUGGACUCCAACUUAGCAUGGCUAGAAUUGGAAGUACAGUAAACAUGAACCUCAUGGGAUGGCUGCACUCUAAGGUUGAAGCUUCAGUGGGUUCUGCUGAUCACACAACCCUUGCGGUCACACUUAUGAUCGGGGGUAUAACAUGUAUUCUUUCACUAGUCUGUGCCUUGGCCCUUGCUUACUUGGAUUAGAGAGCAGAAUGAAUCCUUCAUAAAGAACAAGGAAAAACAGCUGAAGUUAUCAAGUUAACUGAUGUGGAGGACUUCUCCUUACCCCUGUGGCUCAUAUUUAUCAUCUGUGUCUGCUAUUAUGUUGCUGUGUUCCCUUUCAUUGGACUUGGCAAAGUUUUCUUUACAGAGAAAUUUGGCUUUUCCUCCCAGGGAGCGAGUGCUAUUAACAGUAUUGUAUAUGUAAUAUCAGCUCCCAUGUCCCCAGUAUUUGGGCUUCUGGUGGAUAAAACAGGAAAGAACAUCAUCUGGGUUCUGUGUGCAGUGGUGACCACUCUUGCUUCCCACAUGAUGCUGGCCUUCAGGCUGUGGAACCCUUGGAUUGCUAUGUGUCUCCUGGGACUCUACUCAUUGCUUGCCUGUGCAUUGUGGCCAAUGGUGGCAUUUGUAGUUCCCAAACAUCAACUGGGAACUGCAUAUGGCUUCAUGCAGUCCCUUCAGAAUCAUGGGUUGGCAGUCAUUUCCAUCAUUGCUGUCAUGAUAUUGGAUACUUGGGGAUAUUUGUUUUUAGAAGUUUUCUUCAUUGCCUGUGUUUCUUUCUCACUUUUAUCUGUGGCCUUACUCUACUUGGUGAAGCGUGCCCAAGGUGGGAACCUAAAUUAUUCUGCAAGACAAAGGGAAGAAAUGAAACUUUCUCACGCAGAAUGAGAAGUUUAAAUGACUGUGUCAUGAGA